AUGAAUGGAUUUCAACUUGGCCUCACUAAACGAAUAAAAUGUUUCUCCCCGCAUGUCGCCAGAAGGCAGACCUGGAUACCUAUUUCUGAUAGUGUUGGUCACGAGCCUAGUCUCCUGCCCGAUAGGGCGCCUGAUUCAUCAGUUCUGUUGGAUAGGAUGACUUCUGGAUCGGAUAGAACAGCCUGGACAGAGAAACAACACGACGACUCUGACCACGACAUCCGGAAGGAAGGAUAUUUAUCGGGCGACGUUGCCGGGCACCGGGUGCUAAUUCGCCAUGUUGAGAAGGACUGGAGGUCUCUUUCGUCGAUUGGCCACUACUGGCAGACGAAUUCAGUCGACGAAAUGGGCAAUACUAUCGAAGGUGGUGAAGCAAAGCAUGGAAUUCCAGGUGAUGAUACCAUCGCAGGAAAAUUCAUCAAAGUCGAUGCCAGCAUCACCAAUAUCAAAACGGAGCUGCAGGAAUUGAAGUCCAAGGUCGAUGAAGGGUUUAAAGGAUUGAACAGUUGGAUCAGGAUACUUGUGGGGACUGGUAUAUUCGGAGUGGGCCUGAAGAUAUUCUAUUACGAUGCCAAAAUGCAGCAACAAUCCGAGACGAGGAUGACUACAAUGAUUGAGAACGCUCUUAAGACAACAAAAAAUGAGCUCUUGCUCAAUCAAGCUCGCCUUGAGAUUAAGAGCAUGGAGAAAAUCGGCGGCCUGAAGAAGGAAAAUGCCAAUCAACUGCGAGGGUCGGGCGGAGUGACUUUGUGCGACUCGCCAUUUUGA